CGGCACAGCUGUGGGUGGUGGAGUAGGUGAAGAGCGAGGAAUGAGGGUCAGCCAGCCGGCGAGUCAGCGCUCCUCCCUCCCCUAAUCCUUAGUGGGUGGAGAAAAGUUAAGUCAGUAGAACGGAGUUGAAUAAAGUAAAGCGGCGGAGGCUGUCGUGUCAAGUCAGGCAUCUUGCCUGCUCAGGUCAGAAAGCUACCCUUGAGGUUGGGCCGCUACGCUGGUCCUUCGUCGUGCUUGGUCGGAUUUCUUGGCGGCUUCUUGAGUGUUUUGAGCUGCCCUUGUCUUAGUGGGAGGAGUCUCCGAGCUCUCGUCGCGCUCCGCUCCUGUUUCUAGAGCCAAACUUCGAACUUUCGCUGCCGACGGGGCGCUGGCGCCAGAUACUCGGGCACCGGGAGGUAUAGUGUUUCCCGUGGACCUGUCUGCUGGAAGGAGUCACCAGCAUAAUUCAAACCCCUGUGAUCUCAAAACAGAAUUUUUGCAACAAGCUCCUGGUAGUCCUAAACAAUUCAUCCUGGUGUUCUGAUAUGAAAGUUCAGUGAAAGUUACUUGCUCAGAGACACAUGGCUAGAAAGUGGCAGGGUUGGUAUUUGGACCCAAAUUUACAUUUCUGUUAGAUGUAAAGCCCCGUUACAGAAUGUCAAAGUGAAGUUCAGACAGUCAUGUGUGUUCCUACUGUGAUUGCAUCAUGGAGAAUCAGUUGACUAAAUCAACUGAAGAACGGACGUUUCAGUACCAGGAUUCUCUUCCAUCACUGCCUGUUCCUUCACUUGAAGAAUCAUUAAAAAAAUACCUUGAAUCAGUAAAGCCGUUCGCAAAUGAAGAAGAAUAUAAGAAAACUGAAGCAAUUGUCCAAAAAUUUCAAAAUGGUAUUGGAAAAACAUUGCAGCAGAAAUUACUUGAACGGGCGAAGGAAAAAAGAAAUUGGCUGGAGGAGUGGUGGCUGAAUGUUGCCUACCUGGAUGUUCGCAUACCAUCUCAACUGAAUGUCAACUUUGUGGGUCCUGCAUCCCACAUUGAACACUACUGGCCUCCAAAGGAAGGCACUCAGUUGGAAAGAGGAAGUAUAAAUCUUUGGCAUAACUUGACCUACUGGCAGCUAUUAAGAAAAGAAAAAGUGGCUGUUCAUAAAGUUGGAAAUACUCCUCUAGAUAUGAAUCAAUUUCGAAUGCUGUUUUCCACUUGCAAGGUUCCAGGAAUUACUAGAGAUUCAAUUGUGAGUUAUUUUAGGACUGAGAGUGAAGGGCGCUGCCCAAGUCACAUUGCAGUGCUGUGUCGAGGCCGAGUUUUUGUCUUCGAUGCAAUACUUGAAGGAAGUUUGAUUACCCCACCAGAGAUUCUCAGGCAAUUGACAUACAUCCAAAAGAAGUGCCAUAGUGAACCUGAUGGACCUGGGGUAGCAGCGUUAACUAGCGAGGAGCGGACUCGAUGGGCUAAGGCACGAGAAUAUUUGAUUCAUCUUAAUCCAGACAACUUGACUAUGUUAGAAAAAAUUCAAAGCAGUUUACUGGUGUUUUCCUUAGAGGAUGACAGUCCACAUGUAACACCAGAAGAUUAUUCCCAGGUAACUGCAAAGAUUCUUACUGGAGAUCCAACAGUACGCUGGGGAGACAAAUCCUAUAAUUUGGUUUCUUUUUCUAAUGGAGUAUUUGGCUGUAAUUGUGAUCACGCCCCUUUUGAUGCAAUGGUUAUAGUAAACAUCAGCCAUUAUGUUGAUCAGAAGAUUAUUGAGACUGAAGGAAGAUGGAAGGGUUCAGAAAAAGUACGGGAUAUACCGCUUCCAGAGGAGCUUGUUUUCACUGUGGAUGAAAAAGUGUUAAAUGACAUCAACCAAGCUAAAGCCCAGUAUCUCAAGCAGGCAUCUGAUCUGCAGAUUGUGGCGUAUGCCUUUACACCUUUUGGCAAAAAGCUAACCAAGAAGGUGAUGCUUCACCCUGAUACGUUUGUUCAGCUUGCACUUCAGCUGGCCUAUUACAGACUUCAUGGACGCCCUGGUUGCUGCUAUGAAACAGCUAUGACAAGAUACUUUUAUCAUGGCCGUACAGAGACCAUGCGAUCAUGUACAGUAGAAGCAGUCAGGUGGUGCCAGUCCAUGCAGGAUCCUUCUUCCACUCUUUUGGAGCAGCAGCACAAAAUGUUACAAGCUUUUGCCAAACAUAAUAAGCUGAUGAAAGAUUGUUCAGCUGGAAAAGGAUUUGACCGUCACCUUUUAGGUCUCCUGCUCACAGCAAAAGAGGAAGGUCUCCCUGUUCCGGAACUCUUUACAGACCCACUUUUCUCCAGAAGUGGAGGAGGUGGAAACUUUGUUCUCUCAACAAGUCUGGUUGGCUAUUUAAGAGUCCAGGGAGUGGUGGUUCCCAUGGUGCACAAUGGCUAUGGAUUUUUCUAUCAUAUCAGAGAUGACAGGUUUGUUGUGGCCUGUACAGCCUGGAAAUCAUGUCCAGAGACUGAUGCAGAAAAGCUAGUUCAACUGAUUUUUCGUGCUUUCCACGAUAUGAUGCGGCUGGUGAAUCCUGCUCACCUUUAGAGACUAAUCAUUUAUUAAGAACUUACCAAAACAUAUCAUUAAACUGGGUGCCGAGAGCGGGUUGGUGAUGUGAGAUAGGAAAGAGUGUUAAAUGCAGCAAUCAUUAGAAUUAGGCUCUGUAAAUUCAUUCUGACACAGAAACUAGAAACACUUAUAAGUUUCCUCUGAUGCAGCAGCAAUGCAAAUUACGGUAUGGUGACCAGAGAAUUAUGCAAAGUUUAAGAUAAGCCUCAACAAUGCAAAUCUACAAGUCUUAACAAUGCAAGUCUAACUCUGACUCUUAAAUAUCUUUGUUGGUACUCGUGUAGGUAAUAAAUCUUCUCUCUGAACAUCAUCGUAGAGUCUACCUUCCAGCACUUUAAUAUCUUCUAGUUGCCAAAGGAAAUGAAAUAUAUGACUGGAUGCUAAUUUCCCUGAAAUCAAUGAUUCCACAUUGAUUUACAAGCCUACUAUGUUUGGGAAAGACCACUACAAUUUAAUGAACUUAAAAAAGAGAGAUUCUGUUGAGCAGACAGAAGAAUUAGGCUGUAGUAAGGAGGUUUACAUCCUCUGACAACACACAAAACUCUUACAAAAUUUAUUCUAGUAUAUGGUUGUAAUUAGUUUCGUGAAUGUAAAAUUAAAGCACUUAUAUUUAAAAUCAGUAACUUUAAAAGGAUUAAAUAUUAAGAUUCUCAGGAUUUUAGUUUUGUGUUUUUCCUCUGUUCAAUUUUUGUAGUUUCUACUCUCAGGAAAUAAAAUUGUGAAAGUCAUA